AUGGGCCAGUGGGUAGAUAUUCCAUCUGGGGGUUUAUUGAUUACUGAUGAUCCGGACUCUGUGACAUUUGACGACGUGGCCAUAUGUUUUUCUGAGCAUGAGUGGGCUUGGUUAGAGCAAUGGCAGAAGGAUCUGUACGUUGAGGUGAUGUUGGAGAAUUACCGGAUCCUGCACUCUCUCGACCCCGCUGCAGUGAAGCCGGAGAUUAUCUGGAAUGUUUGUCACGGAGUGGAGUCGGACACAGAUAAUAAAAACUUUGCUCGAACUCUGGGCCAACCAGACAGAGAGUACGGACAGGCACCCCAAACUCCAGAUCUGUUGCUCCAAUUAUCUUUGGAUGAAAUUAAGGACAACAAUCAACGUCUUCCUAUCUGUGGGUUUUAUCCCAAUGGUGACUCCUUCAAUCUUAGAUCCACCCAGCCUAUGCCACAAACAAGCACAUCUCUCAAGAGGACAACCCAACUCCUGGUGGAGGAAUACACGAUUGAAACAGGACUGAAAGAAAGAGGAAAUUGCAAAACCAAACCUGCUCAUAGAAGCAAGAGAAUCAAAGAGAAGAGAAAAACUGGGAAUAAGUAUGAGCUUAAGGAGGACAAUACUGUCAGCAUCAAUAGCGAGAAACCGGAUUCUGGGGAGAAACUUUACAUCUGUACCAAGUGUGGCAAUACCUUCAGUAUUUGGCAAUCACUAGUUCGGCAUUUCGGUGUUCAUGCCACUGCCAAGCCAUGCACAUGCUCUGAUUGUGGCAAAUACUUCACUUAUAAAUCCAACUUCCUUCUUCACCAAAGGUCCCACUCUGGGUUAAAAGCGUUUCGGUGCUCUGAAUGUGGGAAGAGUUUCAUGCGUAAGUCAUCACUGGUCGUACAUGAGCGUUCUCACACAGGAGAGAGGCCGUAUCAGUGCAACGACUGUGGUAAAGCUUUCAUUGAGCAUGCCAAGCUGCUUAGACAUCAGCGGAUUCACACUGGCGAGAGGCCGUUUGUAUGUAACGCAUGUGGGAAAUCUUUCAAUGACUCCUCUGUACUAAAUCGUCAUUAUAAAGUGCACAUUGCAGGUAGUGCUUUAAGCUGCAGCACCUGUGGAGAAUUGUUCUAUGAGCCGUCCACAUACAACAAACACAUUAAAAUCCACAAACAGAAAUCCCUCGAGAAAGAGAACAGACCUGGGCCUAUUACUCCCAACUUGGACCAAACACGCAAUGAAAGCACUGAAUUCACGGUAGAUUUGUUACAAAACUCUGAGCUGGUGGGAGCUUGUCCUGUGGAAGACUCCAAUGGCAGUAGUAAGUGUGCAGCUAAUAUAUUACAAAAUUCCAAGCUGGUAAAGUGCCACACUUUGGUGGAAAAGAAAACAUGGCUUGAGCAUGGGAAUGAUUUGUUUAAUUACCACUUCCAAAAACCUGAUGCAAAUCAAAAUUGCCUUGAUAUGGAAGCUCAGGUCAGGACUUCUCCUGCAAGUAGUCUCAGACCAAGCAAUCAGACCUUUAUACCAAUAACUCGCCAGGGUAAACACUUGCCGAAGUUACCCCAUAUUAAAGGUGAGGGUAAUGAAAGCGUGCUUCUGAAGUCUGAGCCAACCUCUCCAAAAGAGCCUUGUGUUACUGGGGAAUGUGGGAAAGGGUUUACAGGUAAUACCCACCUCUGCAAGCACCAGGGAACACACAAAGCAAAGAGGUUAUUUGAGUGCUCCGAGUGUGGGAAAGGCUUUAAGGCCCCGGCCAAGCUGCGCAGACAUCAUAGGACCCACACAGGGGAGCGGCCUUUUCAGUGCCAAGACUGCGGCAAACGAUUCAACGAUUCCUCCAUCCUGAAGAGGCACAGUAAAAUCCACAGCAUGAAAGCUCAUACAUGUGCAGGAAACGAUUUGCUGUAAUCUCUGAGCUCCACAGACAUUCUCAAUCUCAUGACCGGUGACCCCACAAAAUUGGGUUAUCGCUCAGUGAGCAAAGCUCACCUAUGGGGAAAGUUUGUGUUUAUUAAUUAAACGACAACCUGUUCUCACAUG